AGCUGUUGAAUUCCAGAGACUUGCACCCAGACUUGGCUUGUGAACAGAGAGCAAGCCGAGCUACCCUGGAACCAAGACUCGAGCACUUCGACACACUACUCUGCAGCUCCCCCGAGUCUGAGCUUGCUCGAGUGCAUUGCGAAUAAACGAAAUCGACGUGAGGGAUGAGUUCCCCGGCUCUCCAUUGGUUCUCGCUGUCGCCAUGUCAAAAGAUGGGUGGCCCAGCUGCCCGCAUGCUCAAACCCGGCUCCGGCAACAGCUGGAAGCCCAGAUUCCGGACAUCACCUACCUGGAUCUUCAAGAUCUGAGUCAGAGAGAUUCUUCAGAUCAGGCGGAGGCCUGCGAGGAUCAGCGGCAGGUGAAGCUGGGAAUUACAGUGGUCAGCCAGGCCUUCCAGGGGCUGCCGCGUCUGCAGCGGCACCGCAUGGUCCACUCGGCGCUGCAGCGGGAGCUGGCGCAGGGCGCCAUUCACGCGCUGCCGGAGAUGAAGACCUUUACCCCGGAGGAAUGGUUCCAGCGCGACGUGCGGGACGCCAGGGAGUGGGUGGAGCCCAGGCUGAGGCAAGCCAUCAGCCAGAUCGAGCAUUUGGAGGUGCAGGAUGUGACCAACGGCCAUGCGGUGGUGGGAUAUUUGGAUGGUAGUAGGAGGGCUCUGAACCCCAACGGGCUGGAGCUGGAGCUUUUGGUGGUCAGCUCCAGCUUCGCAAAUAUGAAGACCCUGCAGCGGCAGCAGCUGGUGAACGGGGCCUUGGCCAAAGAGCUGAUGUCUGGAGAGAUCCAUGCGCUCCCGCGCAUGAAGGUGUAUACUCCUGACCAGUGGGAAAGACUGAAAUCGUCUCAGCAGCAGCCGCAGCUGGUAAGCGACAUGAAGAGACAGAAGUUGGGAACGCAGUGUGCUUGAUAGCGCGGCUUUGCCAACCGCGGCAUGCAGCGCUGGAAACCGCCGCCCACAUGUCCGAUUGUGGGACUCUGGUACAGGUCGCUGAGAUGAGACAUGGCUGUUCUUGGCAAACAUGCAGAGCCCUAUUUUGGUGUUUUCAAACUGUGUAGAAGCCCGAACAGCGGAUGACAUCUUGAAAAGACAGUCUGCCGUUUGGCGCCCAGACACCCUUUUGAUGGAUAAAAUCCAGCGGAUCUUACUAGGCCAACACAGCACCAAUCUGUAUUGAAGCAGAGUUCACAUGCUUCAAUACUUUCUUCUUCGAAUCGCAUGCAGAAGCACAGAUGCUUGCUUGAUCCAUUUAUGUAUGUGGUCAAAGACUGUCAACGCCGGUGCAGGCUCCAAGGUUUGUCUAUCAAAAGCAAGUCGUUUAGCCUCAGAUCCCACUCGUACAGUAAUGAAGAGUUCCAAGUUCCCUCACGGGAGCGAGCGCAGCGUGCGCUGCGGACCACCGUGGGAUGCGUAAAA